AUGGGCAAAUCCUCGAAGAAAAAAGAUCAUAAACAUAAAAAGCAUCAUCGUUCAGCAUCAUCGUCAUCGAAUUCGAGCAAAGAUGAAGGGCAAUGGCAAGAAAUUGUUCGCGAUGAUAAAAUUAAUGAUGCUCUUGGUGGUGCUGUGAUGAAAGGGCCAACAAUGCCAACACCAGCUGAUUUAGAACAAAUAGAAAAAGAAAAAAGUGUACCAGUCGCCUUUGCUCUUGAACCAUUUGAUUUUGAUUCAAUUGGUAGUUAUCGACGAGAAGACAAACAAGCGGCAAAAAAGGCACAAUCUUUGGCUGAAAUGGAGGUAAUUAUGAAUGAACGUGAAUUAAAUCCAAGUUUACGUAAACAAUCAGCUCCAAUUAAAGAACCAAAAACAAGUAAAGUUGGUGAUGCUGGUCUUGAAUGGCAUCAACGAGCUUUUGAACGAUGUAAACAACAAGCGAAGGAGGAACAACGUCCUUUAAAUGAAAUUGUUUCUGCACGAUACGGUUCUAUGGAAAAAUUAAUGGCAUUGAUCAACGAUGCUGAGGAUCUUCAUCAUCAUUCAUCUAGUAAGAAGAAAUUUCUUCAUCCAAAUGAAAAAGGUGAUCGACACGAUCGACAUCAUCAUCAUCAUCACCAUCACCAUCAUCAUAGCGAAAAACAAUCAUGGAAAAGAACUACAUACGAUGAUAAGCAAGAGUCAAUACCAAAAAAACAAGCACGUACAGAUGAACAAGAAGAAACUAAAACAGUUGAUGUUGAGCCAAAACAUGAUGAAGAAGAUGAUGAAUUAAUAUCCGAAGAAAAUCUUUUGGAAUUACGAAAACAACUUAUACGAGCAGAACUUGCUGGUGAUGAUGAAAUGACUGAAUUACUUCGUAACGAAAUAAAAAACAUUGAUAAUCUUCGUGGUAAACCACAGCAUGAUCCUGCUGGUGAACAACAACAACAACAACAGUCAGAAUCGAAUGAUCCGAAAAUUCUUGUAUUAACAACAAUUGAUCGAUACGGUGUUGAAAAACCUGUUCAUAGUGCAUAUGAACAACGUCAUCAAAAUCAAUAUGGUCAAGUAUUGAAACGUGAUCGUCGAAAAAUGAAAAAAGAAAUGAGAAAAAUGCGUGACAAUGAUAAAGAUCCAGAACGAGAAGGUUUAUCAUUGACUGAUCUUGUUGAAAUGGAAAGACAUUCAACGACAAAUACAAUGCCAGUUUUACCAAGUAAUAGAAGCAAUCAAAGUAUAACAGCUGAUCGACAAAUAAUAGCGUCAACACGUCAUUUGUCCGGUUGGUCACGUAUACAAGCAUUGGCUGAACAGAAAAAACGACAAAAAACAUUUGAACAAUGUUGGUUAUGUAUUGAAAAUCUUUCGAAAUCUUAUAUUUUCGGUUUACUUGAUCAAUGGUUUCUGUGUGCGCCACCACAAGAAUCACUUGUUGAGGGACACUGUUUUAUCGUGCCCAUUCAACAUACAUCUAGUCGAUUUCAAUUAGACGAUGAUGUUCUUUCUGAACUUGAUACAUUAAAAGAACAAUUAACUGAUUUAUUUCGUAAAAAUUAUAAUCAAGUACCAAUAUUCCUUGAAACAUUUAAAAAUCCUCGUUUACUACCACAUUUGUAUAUCGAAUGUAUUCCAAUUCCAAUCGAACAAGCUAAUUUAGUUCCAAUGUAUUUUCGUAAGGCAUUACUGGAAAGUGAAUCAAUGUGGUCAACCAACAAGAAACUUAUUGAAUUGAAUAAUCGCCGUUCACGUACAUUGAAAUCUGUUUUACCCAAAGGUUUACCAUAUUUCUGUGUUGAAUUUCCAGCCGACAAAAGUAAAAAUGAAAAUCUUUAUGGUUACGCACACAUGAUUGAAGAACGUGGCCAAUUUCCAUUAUAUUUUGGUCGAGAAAUUUUAGGAGGUCUAAUGGAACUCGAUAAUCCAUUAUUAUGGAUGAGACCAUCGAGUAAAGAAUCUGAAGAUAUUGUUGAAAAGAAAUGUACAUAUUUAAAACAAUUAUGGAGAAAAAAUACAAAUAAAAUAUCAACAUAG